CGCUAAAAGUACCUAGCAGGUAAUCAUGGUAGGGAUCACACUGACAGAACAGAGGCACAGCCUCACGCGAUACAAAUGAAUAACCCCCGGUGGUGCUCUCCUCUACUGCUGUUGCUCGCCUUCGCAGGGAUCUACCUCCAUUUCCGCCCGCCCUUAUCUCGAUCGCAUUGACACAGCAGCACCCAUUUCUUUCAUCCCACCAUGUCUGGCGUCGGCGAGGCUCUUGCCAUAGUGAGCUGCGUCGCCGGGUUGAUUCAGGCCUACGAUGCCGGUGCUCGUAUCGUCCGACAAAUCAAGGCUCGUCGACAAGCCCACGAUGCCCUACCGCCCUCUGACCUCCUGGAAGAAUCGAUGGAGAAAGGCAAGAAAGAGAUCGAGCAAGCUCUUGCGAAGGGUAAUGAGCAAUUUGGUCCAACAUUUGAAAAGGGAGACACGAUUGCAAUCAUCGCCCUGUUGAAGAUAACCGUUGAUACGCAAAACGCCCUCCUGGAGGGUCUUGCCCAAGCCAGAGUUGACGAUAGCGUCAUCGACUUUGAAGAGUGUAUUGACGCCUCGGCACAGAGCCGCCUCAAUGCUGUGAUCGAACUUCAGUCGCUGGAGAGGCGCAUGUUGGCACAAGAAAUAGAGCGAAAGAGAAAUGUACUUCUUCUUCAACAGCAAGAAAGUGCUCCUCCAACGGCACGAGCAACUGCAUCUGCCGUGGUUUCCGAUCCUCGGUCUUCCUUGCAACAGCCGAUAGCAGCACAACAACCAGAGCAACCACCUUCCAGCCCAUCGCAACAGAAAAACAAGAAGUCCCACACUUUUGGCAGAAUCCUUCGUCGCAAAGAAACCGAUCCACAGGUUUCCCGGUCAUCCGAAGUGACAACUAGUUCUGUAAGUCCUGUGCCAGAUACCUCGCCUAGAUCAUCAUCCCAACCAGAGGCCCAGUUUCAACUCCAAGACACUGCUAUCUCGAACAGUUCCACCGCCAUAUGGUCGAGUCCUAGCAGCCGGUCUUCGGUAGGUACGUUUGAUUUGGCUUUGCAGCAUACACGCCCUCCUGUCCACUUGAACAAUGAGCGAGAACAUGUUUCGACCGUUUCGAGACAAUCGACCUCUCUAUCCACAUUUUCAGCCGUCACAAACCUGUCCACAGCGUCUAAUGUAUAUCCCAUCACCAAUUUUGGAGGCUGUUGCAAGUAUGCAUAUGAUCUUCGUCAAGGAUCAACCAAGAAGGCACUGUGUCGGAUCCUUUUUGGCACGUAUCAUACAGAGGUAGCCUACAAAUGUGCCAGCAUAAAAUGCAGCUUUACGAGCAGAGCCAUAAAAAGAAACAAUGGCUAUCAGAUCGAUGAUCGCGUCAGGCAAUUCGCCGAAGGUGUUCGCUAUCGGUGGCUAUUCCUCGCCAAGUCGCAUGUACAGCAGCAUAGAGAUCAAGAGCAACCGACUUUUCGCUGUCUGAUAUGCACCCUGUUGGGUGACGACUCUGGUAUGUUUGAAGGAAUCAGAAGCCUCCUUGCCCAUGUUGCAGAUCACCAAGGUGCCAUUCUCGGCGGUUCUCAGUUACAAGGUCCCAUAAUAUUCUCCAACCACGGUGCAGCACCCGCCUCUGAGAACGACUUCGAUAUCAGUCUCACUCAGCCUACGAGCACAACGAUAGCUGCGGAGCCUCUGCGACACGGAGCUGCAAUUGUGGUCGCUGCGAGUGUGCCCAUGAAUAGGUCUGUCGAAAGUGCAAUGUUGCUGAAGGAGAUUGCUUCCACUACGACCUAUGAGACUUAUGAUGAUGAUGAUGAUGAGAAUCCUUGGGUUACUGAAGGGCGGUAGAGGAGGACGCUGCUUUUUUCUUUGCACUGGGAGGAGAUCAUGACUACUUAUGAUGGACUACGCUUGUUAUGUCUGCAGCACCAUGGAGUAGGGAGUGUAUACCUAGUAUCUGUGGACAGAAACGGACACCACAUGUUUAUUGUACAUUGUUUUAUCGAGGACAAUUUGUAUAUGGC